GAAGCCUUCCACCAGUGGGCAGGUUCACCAUCCGCCUCUCACUCGUCUACUCCACAACUCACAAGCUCUGUUCCCUAUCCAUGUACUCGCGCCUGACUAAGGAGGUUCGACGCAAGGCCUGAUGUCCAGAAAUGGAAGGGGCUGACCGCAUCGCCGCUAAAUUGAUGCCGGCUGGUUGGCUUCCUCCGAUUCCGCACGGCAAUGCCGCAAGCGGUUGCACUCCCUAAUUUAAACGGCCUCUUCUGCCCGUCGUGCUCCUGCUCUUCCUGUCAUCUUCAUAGCUUUGUCAUCCUGCGGACUUGGCUCGCUGGCACCAAGGCGUCAAUCUAGCCUCGCGUCACUCGGAUCGUGAAAUCUAAAUCCGCACCUUCACCUGUGCUUGCACCUGCACGCCAAGAAUGUCGGAUUUCACAUUGGUGGACCCGCGAGGCUGGGAAUACGACCUACACUCUGUGUAUUCGGCAUACAUUGGUUAUUUCCAGCAACAUAACAUACCGUGGUAUGAGCGCUCUUGGGGGCAUCUGUUUUCGACCUUCGAGGAGUUUCUCGCGUUCUCGUGGCCCGCAAUCACUGUCACCGACGCAUGGACCGGCCGAGCCCAUAUCGUAACUCGACUGAACUCCAUCGGAGCCUUCUUAAAGAUGAUCAAGACCCGAUUUGGAGAGACGCUGCCUCAAGCACCCAAUAUGCUACAAGUAACUCCAUUUGAGACAAAUUCGCGGCAUCUUCGUACUGUCUCCGACUAUGCAAGCUACAAGAAGAUGCAUUCUACACUGCCUGCCGCAGUCCUUUCGGCGCUCAAGCAGCGUGUCCGGGCUGGAGAGCCAAAGGCUAUCCGGGACCUUUGGGCGUCACGCGAUCGAACAUUCUUGGCUAUUAGCUUUGAAUGGAGUGAGAGGAAUGAGAAAAGUUGCUUAGAGUGGGGCUACGCUGCUGUCCGUUGCGGUCAUCUUGAAGCGUGCGCGCUCUUCCACUCGGGUCUCAGCCUGGCAUUAACAUUGGACAGACAAGGAUAUUGGCCUCCAAUCCCUGAGUCGAAUUACAGGAAAGGCCACUACAUUGUUUCCGAAUAUGUCGACAAAGUCGUCAAUAGGCACUCGCCGACAUUUCCUUGGCAGGUAUUAUGUCGUGAGUCUGACCAAGGUGAUUGUUUCAAUUGCUGGUUAACCCGCCCACCCAAGUUUGGAGACAGUCAAAUGUGUCAAAAAUCAAGACUGCCCCAGAUUAUCCAAGCGGUUAUCAGCAGUCUUGCCAGCCCAGAUUCGGAGACUUUGCCGAACACAUUAGUGCUUGUGGCGCACGGCAUCAACGGCGAUUUGGCUCAUUUGGAAGAAAUGAAGAUCAGACUGCCGCAUAACAUGCUCAUCAUAGACACGGCAAAUUUUGAACGUUCCCUGUUUUCGGCCGGACACCGGCCGCCCAUGAUCGAUCCUCACACGUCUGCGCCCGGGAAUCCCAAACCGCGCGGCCAAGGUUCGGUACUCAGCCUAGAUAAUCUCCUGCGCUCCCUGCCUGCGCCUGGGACAACAGACUCUGGCGUUCUUCAGACGAAUGUUGUUGUGCCCGGCCAGUUUCCCCAGCUGGGUGCGAUGAUUCCCGGCGUCGUCCUACACAACUCGGGCAACGACGCAUUUAUGUGCUUGUAUGCGCUUCAGCUGCUGCUCCAGCCGCAAGACACAUCGGCGCCAAUCCCCAAGCAACCAGCAACCCGUCCCAAUCCCUAUGGCAUGCAGCCCAGCAUGCCCAUCCCCAUGCCCAUGUCGAUGUCGAUGACGCUGCCGAUGACCCACAUGGCAAUGAUGGGCUCGGGACUGGGUGUUCCAGGGAUGGUCAACGAUUUCGGCCAGCUGAGCGUCAACACUAGGCAGGGCUCAAGGUCUCCGCGGCCGAUCGCAAGCACGCUGGGAGUACCCCAAUCGCCCUCGAAAUAUGGAAAUGGAGCCGCGUCGAUGGGCAGAAAUUCGAAGAGGGCGAGUGCCCUGCCCAAGGGUUAAGCCUCGGACGUUGUUUCGAGCUCGUUUAUAUUUGAGGAGUUAUGGACCUUUUUAUGAUAGUCUCUGUAUGCACUAAUAUUCAACCCUCGUGGCGAUAGCCGCGUCAUUCUCGUGCGGUCUGCGCACUUCGUAGUGCUUCUCUCGUCUUAAUGAAUGC